GUCGUAAAAAAAAAAAAGCUUGGCCGUAACAGCGAGGAAGAGCGCGAGCGUCCCGCAACAGGACAGGUCAACUCAUCGCCAUGACGACAGAGCAGAGCGAGCCGCAGGAGGCGGAGUCUCUCCCUGAAGCCGCCGCCCAUUCCACACCCAUUCAGGUAGGGGAGGGCGGGGCAUCCCAGUACAGAGGCAGCUUAUUGGCAGACGAGUCAAUUGAUCACCUGUCCCCGGGCAGUCGUGUCGCUCCCUCCCCGGUCAGGAACGCUCUGAACUUCAGAACUAUGCAGGCCAAAGUCACCCUGCUGGACGGCUCUCUGUUUACGUGCACUGUGGAGAAACGAGCUCGCGGUCUUCAGCUGUUCGAGAAGGUCUGCGAGCACGUCAACCUGCUGGAGCGGGACUACUUUGCCCUGUCCUUCAGAGACGCCGACAACAACAAGAACUGGUUGGAUCCUGGGAAGGAGAUGAAGAAACAGGUCAGAGGUGUCCCCUGGCACUUCUACUUCAACGUCAAGUUUUACCCGCCGAACCCCACCCAGCUGUCUGAGGACAUCUCCAGGUACUUCCUGUGUCUGCAGCUUAGACAGGAUAUCGUGUCCGGUCGUCUUCCAUGUUCCUUCGCAACUCACACCGUCCUCGGCUCCUACACCAUCCAAUCAGAGCUGGGGGACUACGAUCCAGAUGAAUGUGGCUCGGAUUACGUGAGCGAACUUUGUUUUGCUCCCAACCAAAGCAAGCAGAUGGAGGAGAAGAUCAUGGAGCUCCACAAAAGUUACAGAGGAAUGACACCAGCUGAAGCCGAGAUGCUCUUCCUGGAAAACGUGAAGAAACUUUCUAUGUAUGGAGUUGACCUUCAUCACGCCAGGAUGGUAGGAACCCGCUUUGAUUGCUUGUCUUCUGGUCCCUCCGAGGACUCAGAGGGCGUGGCCAUCAUGCUGGGCGUGUGCAGUAGCGGCCUGCUGGUCUACAGGGACCGGCUGAGGAUCAACAGGUUUUCGUGGCCAAAGAUCCUAAAGAUCUCCUACAAAAGGAACAACUUCUACAUCAAGAUACGACCUGGAGAGUUUGACCAGUUUGAAUCGACAAUUGGUUUCAAGCUGCUGAACCACCGAGCAGCUAAGAGAUUGUGGAAAGUUUGUGUGGAGCAUCAUUCCUUCUUCAGGCUCGUCUCUCCGGAAGAACCUCCAAAGCGUUUUCUCACCCUCGGUUCCAAGUUCCGCUACAGCGGUCGUACACAGAUCCAGAGUCGCAGAGCCAGCUCUCAGAUCUCCAGACCAGCUCCCAAUUUCCCACGGUGCAUCAGCAAGAGGAACCUGCUGAGUCGCAGCCUGGAUGGAGCUCCGAGUGAAACGCCCACAUCCUCUCUCAAUGGCUCUCCAGCCAUCACAGCCAAUGGAAGCUCACAAACAGACAUGGGCACUGGACUGUACGCAGUGUCUAAAACCAUCACCGCUAGUGACCUCAUUACCACGGUGACACCUGAGAAGAGGAUGGAGGAGCAGAUGGAUGAAGUAACCAAUCAGACGAGAGCUUUUAGACCAGUCGAGGAGGUGCAGGACAGCAUGGAGGCGGCGCAUGAGGCGGCGCAUGAGGCGGAGAAGGAGGCGGACAAGGAGGCGGACAAGGCGGCGGACAAGGUGGCGGAGCAGGUGGCGGAGCAGGAGGCGGGGCAGGAGGCGGAGCAGGAGGCGAAGGCGGAGCAGCAGGAUGACGAGGAGUCAACGAAAGUAACAGAGGUCUCCCAAAGUCCUCUGACUCCCGAGCAACUGGACGACAAUCUAAAACAUACAGAGCUGACAGAGACUGUGGACGGAGACCUGACAGCCACUGAGUCUGAACAGGAAGAAGACCUAAAAAGUGAUCAGGAAGUUCUGGCCAGUCCGGAAAAUGUUGAGAAACCUCCAAGCACCAUCAGCGAUCUCAGGCGUUCCUUCUUGGAGGGAGGGGGGACAGCGGGAGGACUGACCGAGUGGGAAAAACGCCUUGCGGCAUCGCCUGUUCGACGGGCGGACGACUCGCCGAUGAUUGAGCCUCUAGAAGCGGAGGAGGAGGGUGGGGCCACAGUAAAGCGUGAACCCCUACAGCCAAUCAAAGGGAAGAGCAUCACUCUGGGGCGGAGUUAUGACACCACUUCCGGCAGUGUUGUCGCCAUAACGAACGAUGUUAUAGUGAUGAGAGCGAGGGGUGACGAUGUCAUCACUGGUGGACUGAGUAGUUAUAAGGCGGAGCCUCGACUCCCCGUGGGUCACAGCGGAGCGAUUGGAGGGGAAGCCCCUCUUUUUGUGGGUGGAAGCCCCACCCCUGUACUGAGUAACCUGACCAGCAAGAAGUCACCAUUCAUGGCGCCUCCUAUAACCGGAAUGUCUCCUGAGCUGACGGCUUUGCUGAAGUCGGCCAGAGAACAAACAGCCUUCAUGGAACACAACCUGCUGAAGACCUCGGAAAGGGUGGAGACCAUUAUGAUGGCGUCAGAGGAGGAGCCAACGGCGGAGCAGCACCAGGUAGUGACGAGAGGUUUUAUUGGUCCACCUCCUUGUGAUCCCCCGCCCCCACCACCGGGGGGGGCUUCCGUGACGCACGAUGACGAUGCCGGUGAUGAUUUGAAUGACAGCGAUGUUAGUGACGACAGUCAGGCGAGUGACGACGACCUUAGCCAGACUAGCCAAGAUGCUAUAAGCGUCUUAGCUCGGUCGGUCGUAGAAGAGGCCAUGGACACAGCAGUCAGAGAGUCUCAAAGUCCCACGGCUAGCAUCACUAAUCCAGAUAGCAUCCCCGCUAGCUACAGUCCCACCAUGAGGCCCUGUUCCGUGCUUGGCACCCGGCCAACUACAAGUCUAUCACUACGUUACCAUGGUGGCGAGGACUCCGGGGAGGACUCCGAAGUGGACGAAGUUGGAUGGAGGACUGGAGAAAACUCCCCUUCGCCCCACUCUCCACGAAGCCCUUGUUCCAUGGGUGAGAGGCAUCUUUACUACCAAGCUGACCCAGAUAAGGAUGGUCAGACUCUGCAAGAGGUGGUUCCUGUGUUGAGGAAGACUUUGACGUACGAAGCUCCAGGGAGGCAGGCGGACUCUGAUCGUCCCGCUGGUCUGCUGCUGAGUUCCCAGACCUUCACUGCAGAGACGUCCACCACAUCCAGCACCACUCACAUUACCAAGAUGGUGAAUCGGGGGAUUUCAGAAACGAGGAUCGAAAAGAGGAUUGUCAUUUCCGGAGACACCGAAAUGGACCACGAUCAGGCACUGGCGGCGGCGCUCAGCGAGGCCCGGCGGCAGCACCCCGAGCUGUCCGUCACGCGGGUCGUCAUCCAUAAAGAAACCGAGGUUGACCCCGAUGAUCGUUUGAUUGAUUAGGGCCAUCGCAGGACGCUUGAAGGCUACGUUGUGGAAGUCGGAGCCAGCAAACACAUAAAAGAAGCUGCGGAUUCACAAGAUAAACAUGUAACCAAAUAGAAUGCAAUGAACUUUAGCGCUCCAUUUUCACCUCACAUUCUCGAAGCAAAGCAGACAACCUGACCCGCCGUAGUUUUUGCUCAUAGCUGAAGUGUAGGUAGCAUGAUUGCCAACACCGCAUAGCGGCUAAAGCUUGGUUUAUUGUCUUAUUUCAUCAUGGAGACAGGCUACAACACACCGCAGCCAUGGAAAGAUCAGUGCCACAAUAUUUAAUAAAGGGCUUUGACGCUAACUGCUUUAGCUAGCUUAAUAAGGCUAGUCACUAGUGAAGCCUGUUGAUCUUAAUGUGAUUUACUUGACAAACACCAAAAUAUGCUCAUAUAAUGUACUCACAUUCACACACCAGCGUAGGCUAUGUUAGCAUGCUAAUGUGGAUCUAUAUUUACCAAAAGAGAAGCUGUUUGCUGUACAGAAAUAGCCUGUAUUUGCUUUUGAUUACAACAAGCGUAGUUGUACUCUGUCUCUAUGGAAACCCUUAUUGUAACACAUGCCUUCAUUAUGUACGUCAACAUGUCUUAUUUAUUGUUCAUUAAACACCUGCUGUGUAAAAUUACUGAAAACCGAAGGAAGACUGAAGGUGGCUUAAUAAAAUGGCUGA